UUGACUAUUGACUAUUGUCAUUUGUGUUAUUUACCUUCUAAUUUGUAAAGUACCUAUAGUAAGUCACAGCUAAAAAUAAUUAUAAUAAAAAGUACAAACUCCUAAACACCUACGAUAAAAGGCACAAAAUAAGAAUUUCGAACUAUCAACCACAGCUAAAAGUUAGAACAUAUAAUCACAGCGUAUUAUUAUAAUAAAGUUUAACUCAAUUAAUGUAGUAGUAUUCAGACCUAUAAUAUUCGCAAGUGAGCUCGAUAAGUGCUAAUUUAUCGUGUAAAGAUGGGUUACAAGGUGAUUGAACUUGGACAAAAUAGUUUAUAUCAUCGCGUUAAUAAACUAUUAGUUUCCUGCGAGUGGAGCGAUUGUAGUUUUUCAGUUUGUGGAAAAAAAAUUAAAGCACAUAAAUUGAUACUUGGGGUCAGCAGUCCUGUUUUUGAAGCAAUGUUCUAUGGGCCAUUAUCUACCAAUGAUGACAUUAUAGUAACAGACAUUGAACCCACUAUCUUCCAGCUAUUACUAAAUUAUAUUUACACUGAUAAAGUGGAUAUUGAUUCUCUUGAAGAAGCUUAUGAGAUGCUGUAUGCGUCAAGGAAAUAUAUGCUAGAAUGUUUAACAGAAAUCUGUAUUUCGUAUAUACAAUCUAACAUGAACAUAGAUAAUGUUAUAUCAGUGUUAAACUAUCCUGACUAUAUACAGGAUAAUCAAUUGGUGUCAUCAGCAUUGAAACUUUUUUGUCAACAUGCCAGUUAUCUACUUAAAGAAAACAAAAGAUAUAUUACUCUCACAUGCAUACAGAAAAUUCUCAAUUGUAAUGAAAUGAAUAUCCCUGAAAAAAUUCUCAUCAAAGAAGUGUUUGAAUGGACCACACACUUUUGCGAACAAAGUAAUCUUGAGAUUAAUUUCCAAAAUAGGCGAGAUGUUCUGAUCAAAUAUGGCUUAUUGAAAAAACUACGAUUGUCUACUUUGUCAAUGGCUGAUAUUGAAGAAAUCAAAGCAUGUCAGUACAACUUGCUAAUAAACGAGGAAAUUGAAGAUUUGAAACAAGUGGUUAAAAGUGCUGGCAAAAUAUGCAAUAGAGUCAUUAAUACUUUUGACACAAAGACAAUCCCACGAAAUGCAUUAAAACUGCAUUGGUGUCUUUGCCACCGUGCGCCAAUUAGAUCUCAGUCACCCAUAGUUAUUGAUCCAGUGUUUAAUUCGAUUGUACACACUAGGGUGAAAGCCAACAAAUCAACAUUCAUCAAUUCAUUGAAUGUUCAAUCAAGGGUGGCAUCAGUCUUUAAUCACUGCAAAACAAAUGUUUACUUUGAACAGUUCACUAUUUCAGUUACAUGUGAAUCUAGUAAUAAGAUAAUUAGUACCUUAAAUUUUAAAAGUGAUAUAGAAUAUGAUUCUAAUAUUGAUGUGAAUUUUUUUGAACCUCUAUUAUUCAGAAAGAAUUUAUGGUAUGAUAUAAGCAUAAUGUGGCCAAAGCUAAAUAGCUAUUGUUUGUAUGCAGUAGAAAGCAGAGACAGUGGUUACACAAAUGGUAAAAUAAAAUUCGAAUUUGAAGACUUGACACAGAAUGGUGGCAGUUUCCUAAGAGCAUUAAAGUUUUGCAUAUAAAUUUAUACCUGCACCCUUUGUAGCAGAGAUUAAAUUUCAGCACAAUAUUUAAUUUCCUAUUCACUUUUAGAAUAAGUAAAUUGGUAGGGUUAGACUAUUUUCGAUAAUCUUCCGUCUAUCUUUUAAUUUAAGUAUUUUUAACUCUUAUGAUAAAUUGCAUUUACUAAAAUUAAAGUAUAUUCCACAAUGAGGAAUGUAAAAAAAUAUUAUUUAUUUAAUGAUAAAAGCAUGGGUAUAGUAUACUCACUAUUCCUAGCUUUGAAACAUAGCUUUAAGAUAUUUAAGCUAAAAAUAUAUUAAAACUAAAAAUCUCUUACCUGUGAAUCUAAUAAUAUCAGUAUUCUUAUCUAUUUAAUAAAAAAGUAAAAAUAUAA